AUGUUUAAUACUGGGAACAUCUAUGUUAUUGCGGCCGUCUCCGUCAUCGGUGGCGGCCUCUUCGGUUUUGACAUCUCGUCGAUGUCUGCCAUUCUCGGCACCGAUCAGUACAAGUGCUACUUCAACCAGUAUGGCCCCGGCCAGUGUGGUGGCCCUAAGCCUGCUGUGCAGGGCGGCAUCACUGCUUCCAUGGCUGGCGGAUCCUGGCUUGGAGCGUUGAUAUCAGGCUUCGUCUCGGAUUUCCUUGGCCGAAAGAAGGCCAUCAUGGUUGGAGCGAUAAUCUGGAUUAUCGGCUCCGUAAUCACUUGUGCGGCUCAGAAUAUCGCUAUGCUGAUUGUUGGCCGAAUCAUUAACGGGUUGAGUGUCGGUAUCUGCUCUGCACAGGUACCUGUCUAUAUCUCAGAAGUUGCACCUCCUACCAAGCGUGGCCGUCUUGUCGGAUGCCAACAGUGGGCAAUCACCUGGGGCAUUCUCAUCAUCAUAUCGUAUGGAUGCAGCUUUAUCAAGGGCCCCGCUGCAUUCCGUGUCCCGUGGGGUUUGCAGGCCAUCCCGGCCGUCCUUUUAUUUUUCGGUAUGAUGCCGCUUCCCGAGUCACCGCGAUGGCUGGCUCGUAAUGACCGCUGGGAUGAGUGCCAUCAGGUUCUUACCCUAGUCCAUGGUCAUGGUAACCCAAACUCGCCAUUCGUACUCCGUGAGCUCCAGGAGAUCAGGGAUAUCUGCGAAUUUGAAAGGGCAAAUGCCGAUGUCUCCUACCUUGAGCUCUUCAAGCCAAACAUGAUCAACCGCACCCAUAUCGGCGUCUUUACCCAGAUCUGGAGUCAGUUGACUGGCAUGAACGUCAUGAUGUACUACAUCACAUAUGUAUUUGGAAUGGCCGGUUUGACCGGCAACACCCUCUUGAUUUCCAGUAGUAUUCAAUACGUCAUCAACGUUGCCAUGACAGUUCCAGCGCUACUCUGGAUCGACCGCUGGGGUCGACGUCUCCCUCUCCUUGUCGGAGCCUUCCUCAUGAUGACCUUCCUGUUUGUCAAUGCUGGCCUGCUGGCCGGCCGUGGUCAUGCUGCUCCACCAGGCGGCCUCAACGGCGUCGAAGCCGAAUCCUGGGAGAUCACCGGCGCCCCAAGCAAGGCUGUCAUUGCAUGUUCCUACCUUUUCGUUGCAUCGUUUGCUCCCACCUGGGGGCCCGUUUCCUGGAUAUACCCUCCCGAGCUGUUCCCCCUUCGAGUCCCUUUUGUCAGCAUCCAGUGGAAGACGUAUGUGCUCUUUGCCGUCUUCUGCGCCGCCAUGUUCAUCCAUGUCUUCUUCAUGUUCCCUGACACCGCAGGCAAGACGCUGGAGGAGGUAGAACAGAUGUUCACUGAUCCCAAGGGACCCAAGUAUAUCGGUACUCCAGCCUGGAAGACAAAGAGCAGCUUCAACCGUGCCACUCAGAUUGAGGAGACUGGGACUGCUCACACAGACAAGCUGGAACCCAGCCAUGUGUAA